AUGGCACAAGACACUUCAAACACAAUGACUCGUCUCCAGACUUUGCAGACCACUGUGAAGUGGUACCAUGUGGAGUUUAAAGCUGAAAUCCUAUUGGAUACAUACUCAACCAUGCUAAGUGAUCAAUCCAUUAUCUUGGCCAUGAACUCUAGUUUCAUUGAUCCUUUGUUGCAAUUUGAGUCACAGUUGAGGAUAAUAGAGUUAUCUUUCAAAAAGGCAUUUUCCUUACCAACUCUUAACACAGUGAAAUCAAUGGGGAAGAACCCUGAGGAGAUUAGGGACCUGCAGAGUUUAUAUGAAAAUAUUUUCAAUGUAUAUGAAGAUACUCUUAUUAUUUUAGUGUCUAAAGACUUCUACAAGAUACAGAUCUUAAAGGAAAUGGUCACCUGGAUGAGUCAGAAUAAGCAGUACCUGCAAGAACGAGUAAUGAUGCUCAUCACCAGAGUGCUCAUCUUUGCAUCCAGGAGAGUCAAGAAAUACCCAAGUAUCGAUGUUCCAUGUUUAGGUCUCCUGGCAGCAGAACUCUCACUCUUGUGUGCCCACGAAGAUCCCUUAAUCACACAACAAGCAAUCACAGGGAUGAAUUACGUCCUCAAAAUUGCAAUGUAUCAGAAGUCUAACUUUGUAAAACGCAAAUCUAGCAUGGCAAGUGACAGAGAGACCAAUAACCCCAAGGAGAUAACUUCUGACUUUGAAUUACUAUCCAAGACCAUGCAAGGAGACAGAAACAAAAUUGCCCAGAGUGUGGGACAAACAUUACUGCCCCACUUGCUGAGUGACUUCGUGUGGACCCUCCUGAGGAAGCUUUUCUCAUCUAAUAAGGAAUCAGCACUUGAGGCUGCAUUCUUACUGAAUCUGACUUUGGAGUAUCAUGCUCAGAAGAUCACCACGGUGUCUAAAAUUGUGGAUGACAUUUAUGAACAACUCACUGGGAAUUUUUCCCACCCGAUGAACAUUGUCUUGUUGCAGGUUAUCAGCCUGCUGACAAGAGCCUUCCCUAAGAAGGUGAUCUUUCAGCUCAUGGAGUUUCCAGUCCCUGCAGACAAUGCGCUGCUACUGAUGUGGCAAGCAGCAAGUGCCGAUUCAAGAGUUGCAGCUCAAGUGCUGAAGACAAUCUUGUCAAUACUGAAAGGAAAGCCUGUGGAGAUGGAGGAAACCCUGGUAGAAAGAAGACGUUUCUCCCUUGAUGCUACCAACAUGAUGCCUGUGGCGGCAUCUCAGGCCCUGUGCACAUUUCUACCUGUGAAAUCUUAUAAGAAAGUGGUGGCCAAGCUCUUCCCCGAGUUCCUGAUGGCCCUCAUGCUUCAACUCUUCUACUGUAGUCAGCUUUUAAAAGACACGGCACAGAACAGAUCUAUCUAUGUACGAGAUGGCCUGAAGGUUCUGCUGAAUAGCUCUGGACUAAAAGAAGUGGAUGACGCUCUAGAGAAAAAGAAUUUCUGGGACCAGUUUUCUCAAGUCAUGGAUCACCAGUACGGGAUCCACCUCAUCGCAAAAACUCUCAGUGAAUGUAACUUUCCACAGUUUCCAGAGACCCUGCAUUAUGUCUACAAGGUUGCAGUAGAAGGCCCUAGAAGGUCAGAAGACAGUAUCGUCACAAUAAUAUUCUUUGCUGAACUUCUGAACAACUUCUUCAAGGAAUCAUUACCGAAGGAAUUUUUGGUUCUCUUCAGAAACUGGAUUAAUGAUCCCAAUCCUUCAGUUAGCAAAAUGAGCCUUCAGAAAAUUGCGAGCAUGGCACCCGUUUUCAGUGAAUUAGAAAACGUCUGCAACCUGUUACUCCCAGUCUUGGAUGCUUUUCUUUCCAAAGAGUACACUGUGGUCAUCCGGGCCAUGCUCACCCUCCGAAACAUUUUGAGCAAACUGGACAAGGAGAUCUACUCCACGGUGUGUACCAGGAUUGCUUCCAGCUACUGUCCUCUUAUGGAUCACGUUAAUAGUGACAUUCAAUGCAUGGCCAUUCGACACUUUGGUGAAUUACUUCUGGAUAUGAGUCAUUACAAACGGAUGCUAAACCAUGUAAUCAUAAGAAGUCUUGUGCCCCUGCUCCUGUUUUUGGAGUCUAACGAAAUAAGACUUGUGAAUGCUUGCAGAUAUACAUUAACUAUCUGCUUCUCACAACUAAAGUGGUCAAUAUCACAUCUGCUCAAAGAGGAAAAUUACUGUUUUGAGUCAGUGGUUCUCAGCAUCUGCAACAACCUUCUUUCUUCUUAUGAGAGUUACAUUACGGAUUUAAUAUCUGGUACCUUAGGGUUCCUGUGGAGCUCCCGAACAUUUCUGAAGAAAGGAGCCACUAUAUUAAUAGGGUACUUGGGGAAAUCUGGAGCACAUUUACUUCUCAAAGAAGAAAUUGAUGUCAUGAUUGAGGUUAUUGAACGAGUGGCUCGGGACGAAGAUCCUGUGAUCAAGUUGUUGGCAGAAAAAACCCGUAAAAUUUUUAGAGAAAUAGCUUAUAGAAUAACCUCUUCAACCAUCAGACAAACCUUUCGAAGAUGGGCUAUGAUGUUCCAUACCAAAAAAUUGAAGCUUAUUUAUGACUUGGCCAAUAUUACAUCCCUUGAGGAGAGCACUCCAGAAGACUUUACAGAAGUGAAGCCUGAGGAGAACCUGGAGAACCUUGUUGAGGAGAAACCCGAAUAUCUCUUUCAAGAGAAACGAGUUUCUUUUGCCUCUUAG